AUGGACAAGGAGAAUAAUCUCACAAGGGUGGCAGAAUUCAUCCUUCAAGGAUUUACGGACAAUCCCAGCACAGAGGUUGCCCUGUUCCUGCUGUUUCUCGCCAUCUACGUUAUCACUGUGUCUGGAAGCCUUGGCCUGAUGGUGCUGAUCAGGAUGGACUCCCGCCUUCACAAGCCCAUGUACUUCUUCCUCGGCCACUUGGCGUUCACAGACCUCUGCUACACCUCGGCUAUUGCCCCCAAGAUGCUGGCGAACUUCUUGGCAGAGAAGAAAGCCAUCUCUUAUGCAGGCUGUGUGACUCAGCUGUGGGCCUUUGCUGCCUUUCUGAGCACCGAGUGUUUCCUCCUGGCCGUGAUGGCCUUUGACCGCUACAUGGCCAUCUGCAACCCACUGCUCUACUCUGCUGUCAUGUCCCAAAAGUUGUGCUGCUGCUUGGUUGUUGGAUCGUAUGCCGCUGGCGUUGCAAACUCAGCACUGCAGACUGUGUGCGUGUUCAGAUUAUCCUUCUGUACACGUAGCAUCAUCAAACAUUUCUUCUGCGACAUCCCGAAACUGCUAAUGCUUUCGUGUUCUGAAACCUUCCUUUCGGAGUCCCUCUCCGUGUUUGCAACAGGAAUGGUCGCCAUGAUCUCUCUUUCAGCCAUUAUCGUCUCCUAUUUCGGCAUUGUAUUGGCCAUCCUGAGGAUCCAGUCUCUCAAGGGUAGGCACAAAGCCUUCUCCACUUGUGCUUCUCACCUGACGUCCGUCACUUUGCUCUAUGGAACUGGGUCCGUUAUGUACUUACAUCCUGAUCUGAAGUCUGGGCUAGACAAGGACAUGGUGAUCUCCGUAUUUUACACACUAGUGAUACCCAUGCUGAACCCCCUAAUCUAUAGUUUAAGAAACAAGGAAGUGAAAGAGGCCAUUAGGACGGUUGUCCGUGAGAACGGCACCCGGUGCGCCCACUCCAGUGCCCCUCUUCCACACCCUGCCGCUGUACUUUGGGCGGCUGCACCUGAUGCGGAAGGUUGCUGGUUGCACAACUGGGGAUCUGCGAGCAUCCCCGGGCAUCGUGUUGCCUCAGCCUUCUUUGCAGGACCGGGCUGCGCAAAAUAG